AUGGCCACAUUGAAAGACCUGCAGGUUCUUCGCAUUGACUUCAUGAAGCAGAAGAAUGCUGCUUCUCACCACACCUCGGAGUUCCAAACCAGCAUUCCUGUGUUCCGGCGGGGGCAGGUGUUUUACCUGCGGCUGUUCCUGAACCAGCCCCUACAACCCUUCCACAACCUGAACCUGCAAUUCAGCACAGGGCCGAAUCCUAAUAUCUCCAAACACACCCUGGUGGUGGUCAACCCCAGGGUGCCCUUGAGCUCCCAUCGCUGGCAGGCAAGCCUUCAGGAUCAGUCAAAUGCAGAGGUCACAGUGGCUGUCACUAGCGUCCCCCAUGCUAUCGUGGGGAAGUACUACCUGCAGGUGAAAACUGGAAGCAACACCUUUCAGCCUGAAGAAGACGCCUUGUACCUUCUCUUCAACCCAUGGUGUAAAGAGGACAUGGUAUUCAUGCCUUCUGAGGAAGAGCUGGCAGAGUACAUCCUCAACGACACCGGCUGCCAUUUCGUGGGGGUUGCACAAUACAUCAGACAAAAGCCCUGGAACUUUGGUCAGUUUGAGAAAGACAUCCUGGACUGCUGCAUUUUGUUGCUGGAUGAGAGCUCCCUCAAGCCCAUAGAAAAGAGGGACCCUGUGCUGGUGUGCAGGGCUAUGUCUGCUCUGGUGAACUUUGAGAAUGGCAAAGGCGUGCUCGUUGGGAAUUGGUCUGGGAAGUACGAGGGUGGCACGGCCCCAUACCUGUGGACAGGCAGCGUGCCCAUCCUGCAGCAGUACUAUACCACCAUGCAGCCUGUGUGUUUUGGGCAGUGCUGGGUGUUCUCAGGGAUCCUGACCACAGUGCUGAGAGCAUUGGGCAUCCCAGCACGCAGUGUGACAGCCUUUGACUCAGCCCACGACACAGAAAGAAACCUCACCGUGGAUGCCUACGUGGAUGAGAAGGGCAAGACAAUCACCGAUAUGACCUACGACUCUAUCUGGAAUUUUCAUGUGUGGACGGAGGCCUGGAUGAAGCGUCGCGAUCUGCCCAAGGGCUACGAUGGCUGGCAGGUAGUGGAUGGCACACCACAGGAGCGCAGUGAAGGUGCCUACUGCUGCGGGCCCUCGCCACUGGCUGCCAUCCGUAAAGGCGACAUCUUCAUGGUCUAUGACACCAAGUUCAUCUUCUCAGAAGUAAAUGGUGACAAGCUCAUCUGGAUGGUGAAGUCAGUGAAUGAGCAGCAGGAAUUACACGUGGUCUCCAAGGAGACCAUGGGCAUCGGGAAAAACAUCAGCACCAAGGCAGUGGGCCAAGACAGCCGGAAUGAUAUCACCUCUGAGUACAAGUACCCAGAAGGCUCCUCUGAAGAAAGGGAGAUCAUGGAACAUGCUUUCUCCCUUCUCAGUUUUGAGAAGGAGUAUGUCUCACCUAUAAGAGAUAACUUUCUUCAGAUGAUUGUCCAGGCAGAUCAUGUACUGUUUGGAAACGCUGUUAAUUUCACCGUGACUCUCAAAAGGAAGACUGCUAUUCCACAAGAUGUCAACAUCUCGGGCUCCUUUGACCUACAGAUGUACACAGGCAAGAGGGUGGCAAACUUGUGUAUCCUCAAUAAGACCGUGAUGCUCGAAGAAGAAGUAUCAGAAGUAACUCUGACCUUGGACCCCAAGAGCUACAUCGACAGACUGAUUAUGCUAGAUGAUGAUCCAAUCAUUAGAGGUUUCAUCAUUUCGGAAAUUGUGGAGUCAGGUGAAAUAAUCGCCUCUGAGGUGUUCACGUGCUUUCAGUACCCCAAGUUCUCUGUACAGUUGCCUAACACAGCCAAAGUUGACCAGGUACUUGUCUGCACUUGUAUUUUCAAGAAUUCCAUGGCCAUCCCUUUGACUAAUGUCAAGUUCUCUUUGGAAAGCCUGGGUGUCGUCCCACUGCAGAUUUCUAACCAAGGGACGGUGAAGGCUGGCGAGACCAUCCAAUCCCAAAUAAAAUGCACCCCAGUGAAAACUGGACCCAGGAAAUUUAUCGUCAAGUUAAGUUCCGAUCAAGUUAAAGAGAUUCAUGCUCAGAAGCUUAUUCUCAUCACCAAGUAG